GCUCCCCAGCCCAUCCCCAAACGAAACCCUCGCCUCCUCUCUCCCGCACCCCCCGACCUCCUCCCCCUCCUCUUCCCCCAUCUAGGGUUAGGGUUUCCGACGGAGGCUCCGACCCCUCUCGAUCUCUGCGGGAUCUCUUUCUCCCUCUCCGUUGAGUUCGAGCGCAUAACCCUGUUUUUCUACAUGCAUCUCUAGGUUUAUUGCUAGAUCAUACCAAAGGUGGAGUGAUUUGUGGGAGAACAGAAGACUCUUGAAUCAAGAAUCCCGGGAAACUUGAUAGUAAAACACAUAAACUGUUUAGACACAGCAUGGCAGAAGCCAGUGACACUGAACUAGUUAGUAAUGAAGAAGUGACCACAACACCGACAGGCAGGCGCAGGAGGAAGAAGUCGAUUGUCUGGGAGCACUUCACCAUUGAGGCCGUGGCGGGGGGUUGCACACGGGCCUGCUGCAAACUCUGCAAGCAAACAUUCGCAUACAGCUCUGGUUCGAAAAUUGCAGGCACUAGCCAUCUUAAAAGACACAUCACAUUGGGCUCCUGCCCCAAAAUCAAAGAUCAAGAAAGGAAGCACCUGGCACUCACUUCAGGUACAAAAACUGAUGGAGACAUGUCAGACCCACCACCCAAGAGGCGGUACAGAAUAUCUGGCUUUGCUAAUGCCUCAUUUGAUCAUGACCGCUCAAUCAGGGAACUUGCAAAGAUGAUCAUCGUGCACGACUACCCGCUUCACAUUGUCGAACACCCUGGUUUCCUUUCUUUUAUCGAAAGCCUACAACCACGGUUAAAAAUGGUAGAUGUUAAUGCAAUUGAAGGAGAAGUUCUAGCCGUUUAUCAGUCGGAGAAACAGAAUCUGAUGCAAGUCCUAGGCACUAUACCAGGUAGGAUCAGCCUCACUAUAGGCCUGUGGACUACAAGCCAAACUCUUGGCUACGUCUCGCUGGCAGGGCAGUUCAUCGAUAAUGAUUGGAAGUUGCACAGAAGGAUGCUCAAUUUCUUGAUGGUGUCUUCUCCGCAUUCAGAAAAUGCACUCAGUGAAGCCAUUGGGUUUAGCCUUUCAGAUUGGAAUUUGAAGACCAAGUUAUUCACCAUCACCUUAGACAAUAACUGCUCGUCACACGAUAUCUACAGUGCAAAUCUCAGAGAUCAUCUCUCUAACAAGAAUGCGCUUACCCUCAAAGGUCAGUUGUUUGUGGUGCGAUGCUAUGGCCAUAUUUUGAACGUAGUUGCUCAGGAUAUAAUUGCAUCAAUUCAUGGUAUCAUAUACAAUAUACGAGAAAGCGUGAAAUUCGUAAAAGCCUCUCCGGCACGAGAAGAGAGAUUUGCAGAGGUAGCCUUGCACCUUGAAAUCCCAAGCACGAAGACCCUUUCCCUUGAUGUAACUACGCAGUGGAACACAACUUACCUCAUGCUGCUUGCUGCUUUGGAAUACAAACAAGCAUUCACUGUCUUGGAAACUUGUGACGAUCACUACAACGAAGCACCAUCAUCCGAUGACUGGAAGAAGGUGGAGACUGUUUGCAUAUUCUUGAAGCUUUUAUAUGACUCUGCAAAUGUCAUCAUUUCAACACCAGAGCCAACAUCAAAUAUAUUCUUCCACGAAGUGUGGAAAAUUCUCCUAGAGCUGAGUAAUGCGAUAUCGAGCGAAGAUGCUGUGGUAAGUGGGAUUGCUAAAGAGAUGCACGAGAAGUUUGACAAAUAUUGGAAAGACUGCAACCUUGUAUUGGCAAUCGCGGUGGUUAUGGACCCACGUUUCAAGAUGAGGCUUGUGGAGUUCAGUUUCUCCAAAAUAUAUGGUGCGGACUCAGCUAGGUAUGUCAAGUUGGUUGAUGAUAGUAUUCAUGAGCUUUAUCAAGAAUAUGUUGCCCAGCCACUUCCAUUAACCCCAGCUUAUGUCGAACAAGGGGAAAUGAAUAACAUUAAUGUCACCGAGAAUAAUGCCACUGAGAGUAAUGCCACCGAGAAUAAUGAUAAUAAUAAUAAUAAUCAGCCAACAACCCCAAUUCCUACUGGGGACGGGCUUCUAGAUUUUGAUCUCUAUCUCUCAGAGAUGGCCAUAAACCAACCGACCAAGUCCGAGUUAGAACAGUAUCUGGAAGAGUCCCUCCUACCGCGGAUCCAAGAGUUUGAUAUUCUGAACUGGUGGAAGCUCAAUACUAUCAAGUAUCCGACACUGUCAAAGAUGGCUCGGGAUGUGUUGGCUAUUCCGAUCUCCAUGGCGAGCACGAGCUCCUCCAUAUUUGGCACCGGAGCGGGUAACCGAGUGCUCGACGAGUACCGGAGCUUGUUGCGGCCUGAGACGGUGCAGGCGCUUUUCUGUGCGAAGGAUUGGCUUCAGUACUUGCCCACCGGAGUGGAGCCACCGUCGUCGGCCGUCGUCAAAAUGGAGAUCUAGUUCAUGCCCCAAGUGUUUUCCUCUUUCCCUCGUCGCCACACCAUGUUUGGCAUGUAUAAGUUAAUGGCUCAGAAUUCUAUGACAGGAGGAGGAUCUAGUUUCUUCAGCGUUUUUUUUUUUUAUUUUUCUUGUUGGGAAGCGAAGUUGUGUUUGUAGGUUUUAAUUGUGUUGUUGUAAUGUUUGGUCAAUCUAUUAGAGACUUGGAUGUUAGGAGAGUAAUUAGUUACUGUUGUAAUAUUACAUCUGCUGGUUUUUAUUGCAUGUUAUAAAAUGAUCAUGGAUACUGUUCAUGACUUACUUAGGAGCUUGUUAAAGGAUGUGGGUUGAUGAUA